AUGAAUUGGCCUGCGUGGGCCGCAGCGCUGCUCUCUGUCUUGUCUUCGGAGUUGCUGGCGUCAGACGGCUCUCCUUGGCGCCCAACACGGCUGUCAAAACUAAGGCUCGCGUCAAACAAAUCCAUAAUUGAGACUCUGUACCUACCAAACGUCAUUUUGGCUGCCCAUUAUUGUCAAGAGAGGAUUUGGUGCAAGACUUUUUGCUCCGACACCGAUGACCCCAGCCUGUGUUAUCUGCUCAGCACGUUGACUGCUCCCUACAACGAAGAUUCGUACGGCGAACCACUCAUGUCGUGCUACACGAGUGAAGAAGUCAACAUGCUCACGGCACAGUCAGGGAUCACUGUAUAUGCAGCAACACCGAGGAGCAUUGGUGACACCUUUCGUUCAGUUGAGAACCUUAUUGAUGGCGUUUAUGAACGUCCCUCAGCCGAUGACUGCUUCAAGUCGAUGACAACCGACUACCCGUUCUUUGUUCUGGACCUUGGUUCCGUGAUGAAGGUUGAGAGAGUGACACUGAUGGCUCAGGCAAAUGAGUACGCUUAUUUGUAUUUUAAAUCGAUCGAAGUCCGUUUGGGAUUGGUCCCAGAAUCAGGAAACUUCUCGACAUACUCGCUGCUUGGAUCUUACAAAGGGACUCCGACAGCUGAUUUCAUCUACUCCACUCCUACUGCUCGCAACUUUGGCCGCUACAUCUCCGUCCAGUUCAUGGAGAAAAAAUUCAAGCUACAAGUAUGUCAUGUUCAAAUAUUUUGAAGUAAUUAGAAUUUACCAAUUAGUUGGUGUACCAGCUGCUACCGACAUGAAUAUCUUCAUUUAGAAAUCAAGGGAAAAUGAGAACUGGGUGGAGGUAAUUGAUGAUUCAAGCGAGUGCUUUUCUAAUCAGUAA